AUGGCGUCGAGAUCCGAGAUUGAGCUUGUUGUAGACAGAACCACCUCCACCAUCAUUAGUCACAACAACCGUUUCAAUAAUCGCGAAUCAGCCUCGUUAGUGGUCGCAAAGUGCUCAUUAAUGUCCCUAAAUUCCAUACUAACAAAAUUUCAUGCAGGUUAUUUCAGAAUAAGUCUCUCCCUAGGUGGCCAAGCUUUAUUGUGGAAAACACUAAUGGAACCAACGGAUGACACAAGCGCUCUUCGACGCGUGUUUCGCACGCUUCCCGCCACAGUUUUCCUAGUACUAUGGUCUCUCGCACUAUUUAUUCUCGUUUCACUGUCUCUUCUUUACCUCUUAAGGUGCUUGCUUUUCUUUAAGAUGGUAAAAGCCGAGUUUUUGCACCAUGUAGGGGUUAACUAUCUCUUCGCUCCUUGGAUUUCUUGGCUUCUAUUGCUUCAAUCGGCACCAUUCGUGGCUCCAAAAACCGCCACGUAUUUGGUUCUCUGGUGGAUAUUUGCGGUGCCGGUGGUAGUGCUGGACGUGAAAAUUUAUGGGCAAUGGCUCACGAAAGGGAAGAGGUUUUUAUCGAGUGUGGCGAACCCCACGAGCCAGAUGUCGGUGAUAGGGAACUUGGUAGGGGCACAAGCUGCGGCUCAAAUGGGUUGGAAAGAGAGUGCUGUUUGUUUGUUUUCAUUGGGAAUGGUGCAUUACUUGGUGUUGUUUGUGACGCUUUAUCAGCGGUUAUCGGGUGGAGAUGGCCUUCCAGUGUUGUUGAGGCCAGUUUUCUUCUUGUUCUUUGCUGCACCCAGCGUAGCUAGCAUGGCUUGGGAAUCCAUUGUUGGAACCUUUGAUACCACUUCCAAAAUGCUCUUCUUUCUAUCUUUGUUCCUCUUUGCGUCACUGGUUUGCAGGCCAGCACUGUUCAAGAGAUCUAUGAGAAGGUUCAACGUUGCUUGGUGGGCUUAUUCCUUUCCAGUCACAGUGCUUGCUAUGGCUUCCACAGACUAUGCACAAGAAGUCAAAGGAACUAUUUCGCACGUCCUUAUGCUCCUCCUGUUAUCUCUUUCCGUUCUUGUUUCCCUUGCUCUAUCGUUGUUCACUUUGUUCAACUCUAGGAUGCUUCUACCGGAUAACGAUCCUAUUGCAAACUUGCUCAUUGGUUAA